AAUUAUUAAUGCAUUAAUAUCAGCAGCAGCAGAUCUCCCAAUUUCGAAGUCCAUCGGAAGGAAAGCCGACUUCUGUUUCACCGCGAAGCUUCAUAUACAACCAAAGAGAUGGUAGAUAUGAAGUUUUUGGGAAUUGAUUUUGGCUGUGCGGUGGGAUCGCUUAGCAAAGGUGAAUUUCCUGAAAAAGAUUGUGUGCUUCCAUUGAUAUCUAAGCUUUUGGGCUACUGCAUCGUUGCUGCUUCCACUACAGUCAAACUCCCGCAGAUACUAAGAAUUUUGAAACACAGUAGUGUCAGAGGGCUUAGUGUUGUAGCCUUUGAGCUUGAGGUAGUUGGCUAUACCAUUGCUUUGGCAUAUUGCCUUCACAAAGGUCUUCCUUUUUCAGCAUAUGGGGAGCUAGCAUUCCUUUUGAUUCAAGCCAUUAUUCUUGUGGCAAUUAUCUACUAUUUCUCUCAACCACUGGGAAUGAAAACAUGGAUUAGAGCUUUAAUAUAUUGUGCAAUAGCACCAACAAUCUUGGCUGGACAAAUUGAUCCCCUUCUAUUUGAAGCUUUAUAUGCUUCUCAGCAUGCAAUUUUCUUCUUUGCAAGGAUUCCACAGAUCUGGGAAAACUUCAAGAACAAAAGCACCGGGGAGCUUAGCUUUUUGACAUCACUCAUGAAUUUUGGAGGCUCCAUGGUCCGAGUUUUCACCAGCAUCCAGGAAAAGGCACCAUUCAGCGUGGUGAUGGGGUCUGUAAUCGGCAUUGCGACCAACGGUGCUAUCUUAAGUCAAAUUGUCACAUACCAACAGCGCGCCGCAAAGAAGGAAAAGAAAACCGAUUAGAGAAGUCGGAUGAGUCGACCUGCUACUAGACUUAUGUGUUGAAAACAUAGAAUCUUGACAGAUAACAGCAAAUUUAUGUUCUUUUGUAUUGGGAACACUGACUACUUAUUUAAAUCUACACACCAUACUCUCUCUUCAGGUAA